AUGGAGCAGCAAACCUUUCGUCGCCGCGGCGUCGGUCUCCGCGGCGUAGACGAGAAACGAGUCUCACCCGGCUACGUCCUCUACUCUCCCUUGACCUCCAACACGGCUCACCUCAUCUCGACAACCGGUGAAGAAGUCCAUCGGUGGACAUUACCCCACCGUGCAGGUCGACACUCCCGCAUCCUACCCGACGGCAAUCUCGCUUACAAUGGCGUGCACCCGGACGCACCCUCGCUAUUCCCUAUGUGGGCGAAAUACCGCGGCGGCGUGAUGAUGCAGGUCGAUCCUGCUGGAGAAAUCCUGCGCCAAUACUCCGAUCCGUACGCGCAUCAUGACCAGAAUCAUCUGGAUGACGGUACGAUUCUGUACACAACUCUCGAGGCUCUCACAGCCGAAGAAGCAGCUCGUGUCCAAGGCGGGAUCGAAGGCAGCGAAGCACCAUCUGGUACCAUAUACGCAGAUUGCAUCAAGCUCGUAGAUCCUUGGUCUACCUCGAACAAAUCCUCGUCUGCUGACUUCAACGGUUUGGACGGGAAGGGAGGUGCGAAACUCCUAUGGUCCUGGCGGGCAAUCGAUCAUCUCGAUACAGCUGCUUUCGCCGCGCAUUCGCAUUACCCACGCGAACACUGGCCGUUAAUCAACAGUGUUUCUUUCAACUCAGACGGGAACAUCAUCGCCUCAACCCGAAAUGCAUCAUCCGUUUUCGUCAUCGAGCGUGCGACAGGCAAAGUAAUUUGGACCGUAUCCGCGCCGACGGUCUGCCAGCAGCACUGUGCGCAUCAGAUCAAUUCGGAGGGAGAUAUACUUGUUCUUGACAACGGAGUCUUUAGACCGGGUGUUUCAGUGCCGUUCUCAAGAGCUGUGGUACUUUCCAAGGGGAAGAAGGUUAAGUGGGAAUAUAAAGAUUUUUCAACUGGUGGAUUGGGAUUUUUCACACCUUUCAUGGGAUCUGCACAGCAAUUGAAAGGUGGAAAUGUUUUGAUUUGCGAGGCGGCUACUGGACGUAUUUUUGAGGUUACGGUUGGUGGAGAGAUGGUUUGGGAGUUUGUUGUGCCUCAGUUGAAGGAUUAUAAGGGAGUCAUGGGAGAUGCGGAGUUGGAGGAGAUGCAGCGCAUUGGGUUUUCGAAUCAGAGUAAUGCGAUUUUCAGGGCUUAUAAGUACCUUCCCGAGGAGAUUGCUUGGCUGAGGGAGAAUUGA